AUGGCUUCCUUCCUUGCAGCCUCCUGCUUUGAGGAAGGCCAGGAGUACCGGGACCAGGAGGAGUGGCAGGCCACUUCCUGCACUAAAUGUGUGUGCAGCGCAGGGGAGACCCAGUGCGCUACUGUCCAGUGCCAGCCUGCAGUGUGCCAGCCGCGUGAGGCUUUGGUGAUCCUCGAGGGAGCGUGCUGCCCACGCUGCGUACCAGACUCCUGCCGCGUGGCCGGGAACAGAUACGAGCAUGGGCAAAGGUGGUAUGGAGAGAACUGUACCAGCUGUCUUUGUGACCAGGGUCAGACGCUCUGCCACGUCGAGGCCUGUCCCAAAAGCUCCUGUGAGAAGGGCCAGGAGGAGGCACCGACGCUGGAGUCGUGCUGUGAAGGCUGCCUGUCUACCGGAAAGAGCUGCCUCCAUGAGGGCGUGGUGCGUAACCAUGGUGACACAUGGAGCGCAGGCUGCCAGUUCUGCGCCUGUGAGCAGGGACAGGUCCUGUGUCAGCAGGCUGAGUGCGGUGCUGUGGAGUGCUCAUGGAACCAGGAGGAGUGGCAGGAGGGAGCCUGCCAGCAGUGUGAGUGCCAGGACCGGAAGGUCACCUGUUACCACCGCCUCUGUCCCAUCUGUCCUGUGGCCACCCUGGCUGUGUAUGUGGAGGGAACAUGUUGCCCCGAAUGUCAACAGGUGCAGUGUCACCCAGACUGUCUGAUGUGCUCACAAACCCCAGGCCAUUGUGUGACCUGCAAAGACCCUCACUCUGUUCUGCACCAUGGCCACUGUCUCCAGAACUGUCCACACGGAUUCUUCCAGAAGGCCAAAGUGUGUGCAGCCUGCAGGGACCGGUGCAGCUCCUGUGAGGAUGACUUUGAGUGCACUUCCUGCCGCACACGCCUCCUGAUGAGCAACAGACAGUGUGUGGGGGAAUGUGAGAGCGGCUUCUACGCAAAUCACACGCAGUGCGCACGUUGUCAUGAAUCCUGCAUCACAUGUCAGGGGCCCAACCAGAGGGACUGCCUGUCAUGUACUGACCCCUCUCACCUGAUCAAGGACGGACUUUGUACAGCAGAAUGCGGCUCCAGUUUCUACACCAGACGAGGCACCUGCCACGCUUGUGAUGAAUCCUGCUUGACCUGUUACCCUGACAACCCCAGCUGUGUGAGCUGCUCCCCAGACACUGCACUGCAUGAUGGGAAAUGUGUAUUGCACUGUCCUGAGCAGCAUUACAGGGAUACCUACAGUAAAUGCAGAGGCUGCCACCCAUCCUGCUAUUCCUGUAUUGGGCCCCGGCGUUCGGACUGCACACGCUACCUCAGUCCAGUGGGGGCGCUGUCCUCUCCGAACAAUGGGGUCAUCCGCGGUUCCUAUACCUCUGUGUGCAAGUACCAUUUCUACCUGGAUCCAGACAAGUCUUGCAGAGAGUGUCACACCUCCUGUUUGCAGUGCACAGGGAGCAGCUCCGUGAACUGCACCUCCUGCGCCUCCCUAAGCAUUCUCCACCAGGGACAAUGCCUCCGCAGGUGUCCCCGAGGAUACUACAAGCAGGAGCAUUUCUGUAAAGCUUGCCAUCCAUCCUGUAAGGAGUGCUCAGGACCUUCGGAGGUGGAGUGUUCAGCCUGUUUGCCUCCCGCCAGUCUCCAUGACGGCCACUGCAGGACCAGCUGCCCUGAGGGAAAGUACCCAAAUACUGAAGGACACUGCUCCGAAUGCCAGGCUGGGUGUCAACACUGUGUGGCACACCCUCAGAACAAAGGGAGCGUCUGUCUCAGGUGUGAGGGCCCUGGAGACCUGGCACUGUGGGACAGGUGUGUUCUCCGCUGUCCCUCCGGAUUCUUCCCCCAAAAUGGGGCCUGCAACAGAUGCCACUGGAGAUGUACCUUCUGCACCGGCCCGUUACACACAGACUGCCUGCAGUGCAUGGAGGGAUACAUCCUCCAGGACGGGGCCUGCGACCAUGGUUGUUCUGUGGGAUACUACAAAGACGGAGAGGAAUGCUUGAGCUGUGAUGUGCACUGUGAGCUGUGUGAGGGUCCGGGCCUCUGUCUGACCUGUGAGAAGCCCUUCGCCCUGUUUCAGGGCCUGUGUGUGCAGGAGUGCGGGCGGUCUUUCUUCCUGGAUACCUCCCUACAGCAGUGUACCGCCUGUCCCCCUGACUGUGUGGAGUGUGAGGAUGCAGAGAGCUGCAGAGCCUGCAGACAGAGCACCUUCCUUACGGCUGGCCUCUGUACCGCCGACUGUGGCCACGGCUUCUAUGCCAACACCAGGAGCAGGACCUGCCAGGUAAAUGCCCGCGCCCCCGUGCUGCACGUGAAAGGCCCUCUCGUGGUCAUGAUUGGAGGAACCGCGCUGCUGGACCUGUCCGUCAUGGCUGCUGAAGACCCGGACAGCAGCGGCGAGGACCUGGUUCUCCAGCUGGUCCUGCCCCCCGGCAACGGCAGGCUGAUCGGCCUCACGGACGGCAGGGAGACCGUCCUGAACAGAGACGACUCCUUUCCCUUCAGGGACCUGAGGAGGGGAGCGCUGCGCUACACACACUCCAAAGGACAAUCCAAGAGCGGCCUGUUGAUGCUCCGAGCGGCGGAUCCCCAGCUCCUCUCUCCGCCGGUGACCAUUAGCAUCCAGGCCGUGUCCCUGCAGCCUCCGUACAUCUUGAGAAACCAGCCCAUGGUGGUCACCAGAGGGGAGGCCAUGGUCAUCACGAGGUCAGUACUGUGGAUCGAGGACGACGACAACCCCCAGGACGUGGAGCUCAGGGUUCUAGACCCACCCCGCCACGGUGUCCUGAGGCGUAUCCACAGCAACCGGCCGCUGGGGAGGUUUGGGCUCCAGGAGUUGAGCCAGGAGCGGCUGCAGUACGUCCAUGACGGCUCCAGCCACGCCCACGACAGGGCUCUGCUGCUGGCCAGUGACGGGCACGGCUCCCUGAACCUGCUCUUUCGUAUCAGCGUGGUGCACAAGUCCUCCACUCCUCACCUGCUGUCUCUCUCCACUGCCUGGGUGAAAAGGGGGGGGAUGGUGCAGAUCAGCCAAAAACACCUCCGGGCAGAGUGCCGAGGCUCCAGCCAAUCCCAGAUCCUUUUCACUCUUGUCUCCACCCAGGAAAACCCCAAAUAUGGUGAAGUUCUGCUGGUGCCCAUGCAAGCUGAAAAGCUCACAGAAGAGUGGCAGAGGCUGUCAAACGGUCGAGAGGCAAGACCAACCAAGUCCUUCACCCAACAGGACAUCAAUGAUGGCACUGUGUGGUUCCAACACUCUGGCACUGGGCCAGGGAGGGACAUCUUUCAGUUCCAGGUCUCGAUAGAGGGGUUCCAGGAGAUGCUCAGCAGUGUCUACACCUUCACAGUCAGGCUGCUGCCCCAGACCUCCAUCUUCUCUCAGCUCUCUCCACACUCCAGCCUGCAAAUGCCAGCACUCAAAGAUAAUAUGACACGGAUAUGGCCUUCUGCUCUCUCCUUCAUCUCCAAGGAAGCAGCCAGUAAAACGAUGGUCUAUAACAUCACUAGACCACUUGCACAGGGACAAGGUACCAUUGAGCACCUUGAGAGACUAUAUACCCCUGUGAAAUCUUUCACACAAGCAGACAUCAAUGAUGGCAAGAUCUUAUACCAGCCUUCAUCAGCACCGUCCCACCUUCAAGAGAUCUGCCAGUUCUCCUUUGUAGGUAAUGGAGACUAAAAUGAGUACUCUGUUUCAGUGACUGAUGGGGAACUCACAACCCCAGAGAUGGACUUUGUCAUCUUCCUCUUAGCUGAACACCUUCAGCCACCUGUGUUCCAAAUCAUGUGCCCGGUGCUGGAGGUGCACCUGGGGAGCAGAGCUGCUGUUAGUGAGCAACAGCUGGCCGUCACUGAUAGAGAUACCACUCCGGAUGAGCUGGAGUUCAGGCUGGUGGAAGCUCCUUUGCGUGGACUUCUCUGGAAAAUUGAUGGUGGCGUGGAGAAAGCAAUGCUGAACGGUGACACAUUCACCUUCAGUGAUGUCACCCAGAACGCUCUACAGUACGAACACGCGGGAGGAGCCACUCAGGAAGACGUCAUGCUGUUCUCUGUGACUGACGGGACCUCCGUGGCCACGGCGACAGUGCAGGUGUUGAUUUCUGGGUUGAACGGCAAUGCGCCCCAGAUGGACCCACACGCCCAGCUGUCCAUGGAGGUGUCUGAAAACUGCAGCAGCCCCCUCAGACGUACACAUCUGGCAUACACGGAUAAUGAUUCUCCAGACAAGAUGAUCAGGAUUCAGCUGGUAUCUGUGCCCAUGUAUGGCACCCUGAGUCGAACCACUCCCACAUCAAACCUGGAGGAGCUGAGUGAACUCUCCACAUUCACCAUGGAUGACAUCACCCACCACAGGAUACGGUAUACUGCUCCCUCUCAGGUGCCCAGUCUUCCAGUGAGGGACAUGUUCCACUUCACUGUCUACAACAGGAUGAAUAAUAGCCUUCACAACCAGAUGUUCACCAUCACUAUCACCUCUGCACAAGAACAGCCCCCAGAAGUUACAUUGCACAGUGGGUUCAAGGUAGAGGAAGGGGGCAGAGUUAAACUGACGGUCAGUAAUAUGACAUUACGACACUCAGCCACGCCCAUGAAGAACUGGCUGGUGUGGCUUGCAAGCCCACCCAAAUAUGGCUUCAUCCAGAACACAGAAGACGCUGGGGCAUCAGGCAGGCCACGAGUGAUCAGCCCAGAUGUCCCAUUCCCUAUGGCGGACCUGGUAUCUGGCUGCAUCUUCUACGUUCCAAACACAAACCUCUCCGCUGUAUCACAGGAUGAGCUGAAUUUUCACAUCACUGACGGAUCUACACUGAUGGAUGUUUUCCUCAUAAAUAUUGACAUCCAGAGGAAGACAGAUGGGGCUCCAGUGAUUUCAGUGACCAACACCCUGGAGAGCUUCCUCACCAACUCCUCUCUGAACAUGAUGGACCCAGGCAAUCUGAGUGAGAUGCUGCUCACAGCCACCAGGAGACCUGCCUAUGGGGUCGUUGCCCUGUCCCCUUUAGUGGUCCUGAACAGAGGACUGGUGCUGCAUGAGAGCUCGGUGAGGAAGAUCACUGCCCUCCAGCUCUCUGUCACCAAUCAGGAUGGAGCAGGGAGGGACCUGCUGUACCGCAUUACCAAGCAGACCCAGCUGGGGCACUUGGAGCAUACUGCCUCACCAGGGACACGCAUUAGCACUUUCACACAGGCUGACCUUGCAUCUGGCAGCAUCCAGUACGUCCACACCAGUGAGGAGGAGAGACCUUCGGACAGCUUCACCUUCACUGUGUCUGACGGGGUCACUGAGGUCUCUCAGACGUUCCACAUUGCCCUGCGGCCUGUGGGAGACUCCCUGCCGGUGCUGCAGGUUUUGGGGAUGAGUGUGGCUCAGGGGACGAUGAAGGUCAUCUCUGAGACUGAGCUCAAAGCCACCGAUGCAGAUACUGAGGAGGAGUCGGUCACCUUCAGUAUUGCCCAGACCCCUCGACAUGGCACCGUGCAGAAGGUCACAGAUGAUUAUCGACAGGUUGACGCCUUCUCCAUGGAGGAUAUCUACCUCAGCCGGAUAAGUUAUCAACACGACGGCAGCAACUCACUCACAGACCACUUCACGUUCACCGUGACGGACGGCACAAACCUGCUCUUCUUGUUGGAGGAGGGAGAGGAGGAGAUUGUGACUGCUGCCCCUCAGAGGUUCGAGAUUGACAUUCUCCCAGCUGAGGAUGGCAUCCCUCGUAUUGUCAUUAAUUUGGGGUUGCAGUGGCUUGAAUACGUUGACAACAAGGCCAGCAAUCUGAUCUCUAAGAAGGAGCUUCUUACGAUGGACAUGGACGCAGAGGAUACAGUUCUGCUCUAUGAGGUUACAGCUGGGCCAAAGCACGGCUCCCUGGAAACGAAACUUAGACCUGGCACUCCCACCACCACCUUCACUCAAGCUGACAUUAACCAACGGCUGAUUCGCUAUGUCCUCAAUGAGGAGAAUGCCCAAGAAACUAGGGACAACUUCACAUUUCUGGUGAAGGAUGACAGGUCCAAUGUUGUCACUGACAACAUUUUUCACAUCCAGUGGUCAUUCAUCAACAUUGAGCACACAAGUUACAAUGUGAGUGAGAACGCCGGCACAGUGGCAGUGCCGGUGAGGAGGACGGGCAGCCUCAAUCACUCUGCGGCAGUGCUGUGCCACACUGAGCAGGACACUGCCACUUCCAGCCCCAGCCCCAUCCCCGGCCCCAGCCCCAGCCCCGGCCCCAGAUCCAGGCCUGGGCAGCAGGACUACGUGGAAUACACUGGAGAGGUGCAUUUUGAUGAGAAUGAGGACAGGAAGAUGUGCACCAUUGUGAUCAAUGAUGACCAGGUAUAUGAGAACAUGGAGAGUUUCAUUGUGAAGUUGAGCAUGCCUGUCUACGCCCUCCUGGGCACAGUGGCUCGUGCUGAGGUCAACAUCUUUGAUCCAGAGGAUGAGCCCACGCUACAGUUUGACAGGAAAACCUAUCACAUCAAAGAGAGUGCAGGCAUUCUCCUUGCUCCCAUAGAAAGGAAAGGCGACACCAGCGACAUGGUGUCUGUCCUUUGCUACACUGUCCCAAAGUCUGCCCAGGGCAGCAGUCUAUCCACCUCGGAGUCCAGCUCUGAUUUCUAUACCCGUGGGGCAAGUGAAGAAAGUCGGGUGGUGUUUGGACCAGGGUCAAGCACGUCCACCUGCGCAGUGAGACUGAUCGAUGACAGCGAGUACGAGCCACCAGAAGAGUUUGAGCUGGCCCUGUCAGACCCGUCGGACAACGCCCGCAUUGGGGACGUGGCUGUCGCCAGCGUACUCAUUGAUGGCCCCAAUGAUGCCUCAGCAGUAUUUCUUGGCAGCGCUUCAUUUACAUACAAAGAGGAUGCAGGUACCAUUGAGAUCCCAGUUCUGAGGCAGGGAAGAGACCUUUCCUCUGUGUCCUCUGUCUGGUGUGCUACCCGGCCCUCUGACCCCCCCUCAGCCAUACCUGGCAUGGACUACAUCCCCAGCUCCAAGAAGGUGGAGUUCAAACCCGGCAUGACAAAGGAGACCUGCAGUUUGACUAUUAUGGAUGACAUCCAGACUCCGACGAUCGAGGGGAAGGAACACUUUGUGGUCUUUCUCAGUUCGGCACAGGGGGCCCUGCUCACCGAACCUUUCGAGGCCUCGGUCACCAUCACUGAUGCGUCCCUGGACAUUCCCAGUAUGCAGUUUGAGAAGAAAGCGUACUCGGUGAAAGAGAAUGUCGGAGUCCUCCACAUUCCCAUCAUCCGCACAGGAGAUCUGACCCCAUUGUCGUCUGUCCGUUGCUACACCCAUACUAUAUCUGGUACCAUGUUGGAGGACUUUGUGGAGAGAAGAAACACUGAUGAUUCGCGCAUCACCUUCUACAUGGGAGAAAAGAUAAAGAACUGCACUAUCCAGAUCAAUGACGACUCUGUUUUUGAACCUGAGGAGGAGUUCCAGGUGCACUUAGGGAUGCCCCUAGGGGACCACUGGAGUGGAGCUGUAGUUGGCAAGAAUGACGUUACCACUGUCAUCAUCACCAAUGAGGAGGAUGCCCCUACGAUUGAGUUUGAGAAAGCCAAUUACAAGGUGAGGGAGCCUCAAGGUCCAGAUGGGAUUGAGGUGCUGAGCGUCAAAGUGAUCCGUCGGGGAGACCAGAACCGAACCUCGAAGGUUCACUGCAGCACCAGAGAUGGCUCAGCCCAGUCUGGUGUGGACUACAACCCCAAUAGCAGAGUGCUAAAAUUCAGCCCAGAUAUAGACCAUAUCCUCUUCAAAGUUGAGAUCCUGUCUAAUCAAGUACGGGGAUGGCAUGAAUCAUUCUCAUUGGUACUUGGCCCUGAUGAGCCAGUGGAUGCAGUGCUUGGAGAAAUCACCAUGGCAACAGUGACCAUUGUGGAUCAAGAAGCAGCAGGAAUUCGUGUCCUCCCUGCCCCACCUAUUGUGGUAACUUUGUCUGAAUAUAACCACGUUGAAGAGGCUUCAAAAGAGGGCAGUAAGAAACCCCCCUCUCCAGGUUACCCACUUAUCUGUGUGACCCCCUGUGACCCCCACUACCCUAAGUACUCUAUGCUGAGGGCACGCUGUGAGGGGGCAGGCAUUAACCAGUCUGCUGUUCGCUUUGGCUGGGAGGUGGCAGCUCCCACGGACACCAGUGGUGUCAGAUCCCCAUUUGAGAUACUGACAGACAACACCCCUUUCACCAGUAUCAACCAAAAGGUGUUGGACAGCAUCUACUUCAGUAGACGAUUCCGCGUGCGCUGUGUGGCUCAGGCCCCGGACAAAGCUGGCCACCUGGGCGCUCCCCUGAGGAGUAACACCGUUACCAUUGGCUCGGAGGGCUCCAUCUGCCACACCCCCAUCGCCACAGGAACUGCCCGUGGCUUCCAGGCACAAUCCUUCAUUGCCACCCUCAAGUACCUGGAUGUCAAGCACAAAGAGCACCCAAACAGGAUCCACAUCUCAGUGCAGAUCCCCCACCAGGAUGGGAUGCUCCCUCUGGUGUCCACAAUGCCCUUACAGAACCUGCACAACCUUCUCUCAGAUUCUGUCUAUCGCCAGCAGCACAUCUGCUCCAACCUGGUCACCCUCAAAGACCUGCAGGGCAUCUCUGAGACCGGCUUCCUGGACGAUGUACCCAAUGACAGCCUCUCCCUGGGUCCAGGGUAUGACCGGCCAUACCAGUUCACCCCUGGUGUGAGAGAGCCCAAAACCAUCCAGCUCUAUAAACACCUCAACCUGAAGAGCUGCCUCUGGACCUUUGAUGCCUUCUACGAUAUGACCGAACUCAUUGACGUUUGCGGGGGGUCUGUCACAGCUGAUUUCCAGGUACGAGACUCUGCACAGUCCUUCCUCACGGUGCAGGUGCCCCUCUACGUGUCGUAUAUAUAUGUGACUGCACCCCGCGGCUGGGCCUCUCUGGAGCACCACACUGAGAUGGUGUUCUCCUUCUUCUAUGACACUGUGCUGUGGAGGACAGGCAUACAGACUGAUAGUGUGCUGUCUGCUAGGCUACAAAUCAGCAGAAUCUACAUCAGAGAGGAUGGGAGGCUUGUGGUGGAAUUUAAAACUCAUGCCAAAUUCCGAGGUCAGUUUGUCCCAGACCACUAUACCCUUCCGGGUCACAAGUCCCACCUGGUGGCUCCUGACCAUCUGGGAGGCAUGGCCUUUGACCUGCAGCUGCUGCGGAGUGCGCAGACCUUUGACUCGCCUGUCCAGCUGUGGAAGGCCACAAGCUCCUUCAGCCGAAAGGACUACUCUGGGGAGUACACAGUGUUCCUGGUGCCCUGCACUGUGCAGCCUGCCCAGCCCUGGGUCGAGCCGGGAGACAAGCCCUUGUCAUGCACAGCACACGCUCCAGAGAAGUUCCUGGUUCCCAUUGCCUUCCAGCAGACAAACCGACCAGUUCCUGUUGUGUACUCCUUGAACACUGAGUUCCAGCUCUGCAGCAAUGAAAAGGCCUUCUUAAUGGACCCUGUCUCAGCACACAUAUCAAUGGCUGAGAUGGACUACAAAGGAACAUUUUCUGUUGGGCAAACGCUGUAUGGCAGAGUGCUGUGGAACCCGGAGCAGAACCUGAACACAGCCUACAAGCUUCAGCUGGAGAAGGUGUUCCUGUGCACUGGCAGGAAUGGCUACGUGCCCUUUUUUGACCCCACGGGUACCCUGUACAACGAGGGCCCACAGUACGGCUGCAUACAGCCCAACAAGAACCUCAGACACAGGUUCCUGCUGCUGGAUCGAAAGCAGCCAGAAGUCUGUGACAGGUAUUUCCAUGAUGUCCCAUUUGAAGCAGGCUUUGCUUCUGAUAACGAUGAUCUACAGCCGAUGGCCCUGAUGCCUGGAGUCGACGGAUUCACCAUGAAAGUUGAUGCCCUUUACAAGGUGGAGGUGGGACAUCAGUGGUAUCUGCAGGUGAUCUAUGUGAUAAGGCCAGAGUCCACCUCUGAUCCAAGCACCCCGCACUCUCUGACACACCGGCUGAGACGGAAACAGAGGGACCUGGCAGAACGCCUUGUGCUGGACGAGUCUCUCAUCUAUGACAACGAGGGAGACCAGGUGAAGAAUGGCACUAACAUGAAGACACUGAAGCUGGAGGUGGAGAGUGAAGUGACCUUUGACCCACACACAGGUGGAUCCAUUGGAGGUGGAAUCGCAGCUCUAGUGGUAGUCCUAGCUGUCCUACUUGCUACCUGUUUACUGUUCAGGAAGUGCAGGUUGAAAAAGCGGUCACCCACAUACCUAGUGGAAGAGUACCCCCUCAACACCAAAGUGGAGGUGUGUCUCGAGAAAAACUUCAGCAGCAUGCACUGCACUGUCAGAAAGGUCAACAUCCUCAACAUGGACCAGGAUGCCUCUAAGGUCAAGGUUAAACAGGUCAACCUAGAGGUCAAACUCCACAGCAACUUCAAUGAAGGCACAGAGGUUUGAUCAAAGAUGAGAGAGUACAUUUUUAUAUUGUUAUUUGUCAUUUACAAAUAAGUUAUUGUAUUUUUAUACAAACAUGAAAGAAGAACCAAACAUGCACUGUUGAAAUGCACAUGCAAGUACUUGGCUCUGGCCUUUCCCGCUAAUGUUAACGCAUUGUUAUUGAGGGAACUGCCUAAUUAGUUAGCAGCAUUAUAAGUUCUAAGGCUGUGUCCUCAGUCACAGCCAAAAAUAACAGUAAAAGUGCUGUAUGGCAAUGCACAUAAUCCAUUUCAUACCUGAACUACAUGUGUCUCCCAAAACCAAAGGAUUAUGAAAGUUUGAUUAUCACCCAAAACCACUAUAUUGUACGAUCUGCUGUCAUUCCUGAUGUUUAAGAUCUGACAGAAAAUCUGUAUUUAGGAGAUUACAAUAUAAUUAAUAUAAUUUUUUAAGUGACAAUGGCCAUGAAAGUAAGCACUUUGCUUUGUUUAUGUGGUGAAAUGUCUAACUGUGAACAUAAGUGUAAUUACUCCAAGUGUUACUGACUCCCAUUGUGAGGACUGUAUUAGGAUGAUGCAUUCAGGACAAAAUCACUUGAGAAACUUAGGCAUAUACUUAACCUCGGCCUAAAUCACUGUGUAUCACAAGUUUGAAAUAUAUAGACUUGCACAUUUAUGGAUGGAAAUACCAAUACUGCAGUCCAAAGUUAUUUAUUUUUAAGAGGAAAACGUAUGUCCUGGUAGAUUGCAUUUGGUUUACUGCCUUGAGUCUACAGUAUAGUACACUAAAUACUCAUAGGAUGUUAAUUGGCUGAGGAGCAGUUUGUACUAGGACUUGUUUUGCUUGUUUACAUUUCAGUGGACUUGCCAGCAGCAGUGCACUUUAUCCUAGUAUCUCAAAAUUCCUAGUGUAUACCAAAAUGAUUAUCAGCCUCAAAGUAUUUCUGUUUAUAACUGUCUAACAACAGUAACUGUAUGUGUUGUACAUUUUUAUUUUAUAUUUCGCAGCAGGGCAUAUCAAUUGGAAAAUCAGUGAAAGUAUUGGAUGACCUAUACACCUAAGUGUGUAUGUGCGUGUGUGUGCGCAUGUACCAGUAUGUAUGUACGCACGCACGCACACAUGUACGUACAUUUGUAUGUAUGUAUUUAUGUAUUUGCUCUUUUUUUUUCUGAAAUAUUACUAUAAAUAAAAUGCCUACUGGUUCUUGUGCUUUUUAUUUGAAAAAAAAUCUAAUUAGAAUUGUACUGUUUUUUAUUUAAUAAAAAUCCAUCUAA